AUGGCGGCGCGCUGCUUGGGCCGCGGCGUCGGGCGGCUACUAGGCGGCCUCCGCGGAGUCGGGGUGCGGGCGCUGGCGGCCCCCCGGCUCUGGAGCAGCGCCUCCGCUCCUGCAGCGCCGCCCGGCUCCUACCAAGAGCGAAUCGCGCUGGCAGCUCGCGAGCCCGCCGCCUUCUGGGGGCCACUGGCGCGGGACGCUCUCGUGUGGGACACCCCCUACCACACGGUGAGCGACUGUGACUUCCGCAGCGGCAGGAUCAGCUGGUUCCUGGGAGGCCAGUUAAACGUGUCCGUCAACUGCUUGGAUCAGCACGUUCAGAAGUCCCCGGAGAGCAUCGCUUUGAUCUGGGAGCGAGAUGAGCCUGGAACUGAAGUGAAGAUCACCUACAGGGAGCUACUGGAGACCACGUGCCGCCUGGCCAACACACUCAAGAGGUAUGGAGUCCGCCGAGGGGACCGAGUGGCCAUCUACAUGCCUGUCUCCCCGCUGGCUGUGGCUGCCAUGCUGGCCUGUGCCAGGAUUGGAGCCAUCCACAAUGUCAUCUUUGCUGGCUUCAGUGUGGGGUCCUUGGCUGGGAGGAUCAACGAUGCCCAGUGCAAGGUGGUUAUUACCUUCAACCAAGGACUCCGGGGAGGGCGCGUGGUGCAGCUGAAGAAGAUUGUUGAUGAAGCCAUAAAGGUCUGCCCAUCCGUCCAGCACGUCCUGGUGGCUCACAGGACAGACAACAAGGUCCACAUGGGGGAUCUGGACAUUUCCCUUGAGCAGGAGAUGGCCAAGGAGGAGCCGGUGUGUGCCCCGGAGAGCAUGGGCAGUGAGGACACACUCUUCCUGCUGUAUACCUCGGGGAGCACUGGGAAGCCCAAGGGGCUUGUCCACACCCAGGCGGGCUACCUGCUGUAUGCUGCCCUGACGCACCGGCUUGUGUUUGACUACCGGCCAGGUGAUGUCUUCGGCUGCGUGGCUGAUAUCGGCUGGAUCACAGGACACAGCUAUGUGGUGUACGGGCCCCUCUGCAACGGAGCGACCAGCGUCCUUUUUGAGAGCACCCCGGUUUACCCUGAUGCGGGUCGGUACUGGGAGACGGUGCAGAGGCUGAAGAUCAAUCAGUUCUAUGGUGCUCCGACGGCCUACCGGCUGCUGCUGAAGUUCGAGGACUCCUGGGUGAAGAAGUACGACCGCUCCUCUCUGCGGACCCUGGGCUCAGUGGGAGAGCCGAUCAAUCACGAGGCCUGGGAGUGGCUGCACACGGUGGUGGGGGACGGCCGGUGCACGCUGGUAGACACCUGGUGGCAGACAGAAACGGGGGGCAUCUGCAUCUCUCCGCGGCCCUCGGAGGAGGGGGCAGAGAUCCUGCCCUGCAUGGCCAUGAGGCCCCUGUUCGGCAUUGUUCCCGUUCUCAUGGAUGAGAAGGGAAACAUCCUGGAGGGCGGAGACGUGUCUGGGGCUCUGUGCCUGUCCCAGGCCUGGCCGGGCAUGGCCCGGACCAUCUAUGGAGACCACCAGCGAUUCCUGGACGCCUACUUCGAGGCCUACCCUGGCUACUACUUCACGGGAGACGGGGCUUACCGAACAGAGAAGGGCUACUACGAGAUCACUGGGCGCAUGGACGACGUUAUCAACAUCAGCGGCCACCGGCUGGGGACCGCAGAGAUCGAGGACGCCAUGGCUGACCACCCCGCUGUGCCCGAGACCGCUGUCAUUGGCUAUCCGCACGACAUCAAGGGAGAAGCCGCCUUCGCCUUCGUUGUGUUGAAAGAUGACGUGGGUGAUGUGGACGUGGUGGUGAAGGAGCUCCGGUCGGUGGUGGCCGACAAGAUCGCCAAGUACGCAGUGCCUGAUCAGGUCCUGGUAGUGAAGCGUCUUCCAAAAACUCGGUCUGGAAAAGUCAUGCGGAGGCUCCUGAGGAAGAUCGUCAUGGGCCGAGCUCAGGACCUGGGGGACACCACCACCCUGGAGGACCCCGGCGUCAUCAUGGAGAUCCUGAGCGCCUACCAGGAAUACAAAGACAAGCUGGGGGGUGCCAAGUGA